AUGGAAAUCGCAGGACUCACUGUUGGCGUUGCGGGACUAGCCGGCCUCCUAAGUGCCUGCAUAGAUGCAGUUGAUCGAGUCGAUACCUAUAGGAAAUUCGAAUUCGAAUCCCGAUACAUCACCACUCGGUUCGCUGAUGACAAACUUCUAUUACAUAAGUGGGUAGAAGCCGUUGGAAUUACCAACGGAAGGUUGCAAGACGUGCAUCACCGUGACCUCGACCGUGACGAGGUAGUCACUGCAAUUGCGAGAACACUUUCUAGCAUCCAUGAAAUAUUUUCUGCGACAAGUAGCUUUUCUUCAAACCUGCAAGGCCUGUCGCUUGAUAGCAAAUCUACUUUUCUAGCUAAUCUAGAUAAUUAUACGAAUGACCAUUCCAUAGAAGAGAAGAAAUCCCGGUUUUUGGUAUCAAAAACGAGCAAGCUCAAAUGGAGUCUUGGUGGCAAGGCUAGAUUCACAACACAAAUCGAGGUAUUUGGGGUCUUGGUUGGAAAGUUGUACGAUAUCAUUCCGCUGGAAGAAAAUAGCACUAAUUCGAGACAGGUUUUUCGAAAGAGAAAUCGACCUGGUUCAGCGAAAGUCAACGCGGCGUCCAAGAGUUGCUUGAUCGGCUUAAAGACGAAGAAGGAACUCUAUCUUUGGCUUGAUGCUGUCAAUACCACAGACACGUAUGAAAAACAUCUCUCUGCACGUUUGGAAAGCACCUGCGAAUGGAUCUUCUCUAAGCCUGAAUAUGUGAGCUGGGCAUCGUCCGACUUCCCAUUGGAUGCGGCGAAGGUCUUGUGGGUGCAUGGGCCCGCAGGGUAUGGAAAAUCCGUACUCUGUGCGAGGGUCGUUCAACAACUUCAAAGCACAUAUGGGUACCCACUGGCGUACUUCUUCUGCUCGCGUGAUGCCGAACUCCAUCAAAAUCCGCUCUCAAUGAUCCGAUCCUGGGUUUCACAACUGGUGUCCAGUAGCCAGGAUGCAUUUGAAAUGGCUCAACAGCAAAUGCGCGCUAAAGGAGGAUCCUUAGCUUCUACGAAUAAUAUCUGGGACUUGUUCAAUUCUAUUGUCCACUGCGGUCGUGGUUUUACCUACAUUGUAGAUGGUCUUGAUGAAUGCCUACGAUCAGACAACAAUCAGAAUAGUGGUGAUGAUUGCAGUCGCAGAGCAUUUCUCGUAAAACUCAAAAGAUCGAUUUCCCCAACUACGAGCCGCCUUCUUAUCGUGAGUCGGGAUGAAGGGGACAUACGCUCUGGGAUAUGUCUCGAUGCUAUGUCUUUGAAGCUGACCACUUACGAGUGCGGAAUAUCAAAGACGGAUGUGCAGUCCGAUGUCACGUUGUUUUCUAAGCGUGUUGCCGAUGAGAAAUUGUGGAAGAAGCCAGAGGUCCUGCGACAAGACCUUGCAACACAAAUGGCGCAGAAAUCCGAAGGAAUGUUUCUGUGGGUCAAGUUGCAAGAGAGAUCUCUACGUAAUAGCAAAAACGGAGUGCAGUUGCAGAAAAUUGUCAACGAUAUGCCUAUAGGACUGACGGACGCUUACAAACGGGACUGGGAAAGGAUAUCGAAGCUACCAGACCGUGACAUGUAUCGUGCGCUGGCUAUACUUCGGUGGACAGUAUUUGCAGCGAGGCCUCUGACGGUCCUGGAGAUGACGGAAGCUCUUGCCGUAAGGGACGAAGAUGAUUGCGACAGCUUGCAGAUCGACGAAAUACCAGACGUUAUCGACGAUGAGUAUAUCAAUGACGAGAUUCUGGAUCUUUGUGGAUCACUUGUGGAGAUUCGAGAUGCAGGCCCUGAAAAACACCUCAAAGACAAAACUGUUGGACUAGUCCACCCCUCGGUCAGAGAAUUUAUCCUUUCCAGGACAUCUAUGAAGAUCUCACUAUCUAGCCAGAAUUGCGAAAAUAAUAUUCUUGCGAAGGUCUGUCUUCGCUAUCUUGAUUACGGUUCAUCAUGGACUCCUUUGGAAAUUUCUCGUGAAUAUCCGAAUCAACAUCCAUUUCUGGAUUAUGCAGUUAGAUCUUGGGCCCUACACAUUAACUCAUCAGGUUCAGACUACAAAGACUUAAUUUGCCUUGUCAAUAAGCUCUUCACUCCGCAUGGCUCUCAUUGGGUCAACUGGCGAAAUCGCUAUGAGACACUCCUAAAUAAGGUAUCUCAACGACCUGAAUCGUCACAGGACAAUCAUGGGGGCUUAAUAUACUAUGCCGCUCUAUUUGGUCUUGUUGAUACCCUGAAAUUCCUACAAGACCAAAAGGUAGAGGAUUGGAAUUCGGUUGGUGGCCAACAUGGGACUGCUUUACAGGCAGCAAGUGCCGCGGGACACUUGUCAGCUAUCAGCUUUCUGAUUGAUCACAGCGCUGAUAUUGAUUCUCACUGUGGUCUUCACGGCUGCGCAGUCAAUGCUGCAGCCGAUUCGGGAAAUAGGCAAGUAAUACUGGUUCUUGUAAAUGCAGGAGCAAGUUUGUCAAUCGGUGACGAGGCCGGACGUAUGCCUCUAUACCUGGCUGCUAUGAAGGGUCAUAUUGAAGUGGCAAAGCUGUUGCUGGACAAAGGGGCAGACAUCUCCGUGGCCAACGCUGGUGGAUGGACGCCGUUAGAAUCGGCAGCUGUGCUGAAUCUAGUCUCAACGCACCUACGGAGGUUGUGA